AAACCCUAAAGCCUGCAAAAUUAGUAAUUUAGAGAGAUUAAAACCAUUCUCUCUUUCUCUUUUCUUUCUGCAUAUAUAAUUAUGAAAACCCUGUAUUUUUAAUUUGUUGCGUUGAUCGCAGCUCAGUCAGAUAUCAUGAGUAGUGAAAACGCGGCGGGAAGCAGCGGCGGCGGGGGGCCGUGCGGGGCAUGCAAGUUUCUGCGGCGGAAGUGCGUGGCCGGGUGCAUAUUCGCGCCGUAUUUCGACUCGGAGCAGGGCGCCGCCCACUUCGCCGCGGUGCACAAGGUGUUCGGAGCGAGCAACGUGUCGAAGCUCCUCCACCACAUCCCCUCGCAGAAGCGCCUCGACGCCGUCGUCACCAUUUGCUACGAGGCUCAGUCCCGCCUCCGCGACCCCAUCUACGGCUGCGUCGCCCACGUCUUCGCUCUCCAACAACAGGUGGUGAAUCUGCAGCAAGAACUCUCCUACAUACAAGCCCACCUGGCGGCGCUGGAGCUUCCGACACCACCGCCGCUGCAGCCGCAGCAAUUGAUGGUUCCGGCGUCGCAGUCGAUACUGGACCUGCCACCGAUCCCGGCGGCGUACGACUUCUCGGCAAUGUGCGGGGAUAUGGUGGCGCCUCCCUCGCUUUGGAGCGUGUAUCCGCGGCAGCAAAUCGAUCAGCAGCGCCAGUUCUCCAACGCGGCCGUAGGAGGAGGCGGCGAUCUUCAGGAGCUGGCGCGUGAGCUUCUGAACCGGCACGCUCCGCCGAUGGUGGUGCGAUGCGGGAACCAAGCUUCGUCUUUGCCGCCCAACUCUAGGCAGAUGAGAGAUUAAUGGUGGAAAGUAAAAUAAUUGGGAGUGAUUAGUUGCUAAUCAAGUAGCUUAAUUUGCUCAACUGAAACUCGAGGGGAUUUGUGGUACUCCUACUAGCAAGUGAGUUCGUUUUGUUUUUAAUUUUUAUGGUCGAUUGAUCGAUCACAGUUUUUAUUAACUUCUUGUCUACUGUUUAUAUUCCGUUUUGAAUGAUGAUUUCAGUUGCAUUUUUUGGUUAA